AUGUCAUUCCUCAGAAGGAUCGUGCACAAUGAUGCGGUCAAGUUGGACCCUCCGGAGGUGUACAACUGGAGAGUUUUCGCGUUGGCAGCAGCCGCGUGUUUUGGAGGAACACUCUUUGGCAUGGAUAUUGGUAUCAUCGGCGGAGUGUUGACGCUGCCGGAUUUUAAAGAUGAAUUCGGAAUCACACACAAGUCGAAAAUCGCCCAGUCCAAUCUCUCGGCCAACUUGGUAUCAGUCAUGCAAGCAGGCGCCAUUCUUGGUGCGCUCGCCGCCAAUCCAUUGGCCGACAAAUGGGGUCGCAAGAUUACCAUCUACACGGUUGCAUCCUUCGCUUUUGUCGGUGGCCUCCUUCAGGCUCUGUCGUAUGGCCAUUUAUCCUGCUUCUACAUUGGGCGAUUCGUUGAAGGGCUGGGACUUGGUGGAGCCACCAUGGUGGCACCUACCUACGUCGCUGAGAAUGCUCCCCGUGGCAUUCGAGGUCUCCUUGUCGGGUUCUAUCAGCUUUUCGAAACCAUGGGUGCCAUGGUAGCAUUUUUCAUCAACUACGGCAGUCUGCUCCAUUUGAAAGGCCAUGCCACCUGGAUAGUCCCGUUGUCGAUGCAAUCCCUGCCUCCGUUGCUCCUCUUUGUUUGCAUACUAUUCUGUCCUGAGAGUCCUCGGUGGCUUGCGUCACAAGACAACUGGGACGAGGCUUCCAGGGUUCUCGGCAAAGUUCGAAAUCUACCGCCCACGCACCCGUACGUCCAAGCCGAACUCCUCGAAAUGCAGACUCAGCUGGAGGCCGAGAGGGGCCGUGCCGCAGGCAACAGUUAUUGGGCGUUGACAAAGGAGGCGUGGACGAUUCCUGGAAAUCGCAGGCGAUCGAUCAUGGCGAUCGCACUGAUGACCGCUCAACAGUGGACUGGAACUAAUGCCAUCAACUACUAUGCGCCAACUAUCUUCACUGAUUUGGGCGUCACCGGGAACACACAGAGCCUGUUUGCAACCGGGGUCUAUGGCAUCGUGAAAAUGGGCUCCUGCGCCAUCUUCAUUACCUUUCUGGCCGACACUCUCGGGCGCAGAUGGUCACUCGUCUGGACAGGGCUAUUCAUGUGGUUCUGCAUGUUCUAUCUAGGCUUCUUCGUCCGAUUUGAUCCUCCCAAGAAAGGUGCUCCCAUAUCGGGUGCGGGUUACGCUGCGUUGGUCAUGGUCUAUCUCUACGCGGCAGCUUUCCAAUUUGGCUGGGGGCCUGUUUGUUGGAUCUAUUCGUCCGAAAUCAGCACUCAACGACUCCGAGGAUUGAUCGUAUCGUAUGCUGCGGCGACACAAUGGGUGUUUAACCUGGCUGUUGCUCGAGCCACUCCCGUGAUGCUGGAUACUGUGGGUGCAGGCGGCUACGGUACCUACUUUAUAUACGGCUGCUUCUGCUUCACCAUCGCCAUUGGAGCAUACUUCCUGGUGCCAGAGACCAAAGGGAUCUCUUUGGAGCGAAUGGAUGAGUUGUUCGGAAUGACCGACUUUAGCGGAAUCGAGGAUGUCGGAGUGGCUGCCCAUAAGCACGAUGUCGAGGCCAUCCACGUCGAGGUGAAGUGA